AUGUACAUAUUGCGCGAUAAGAAAAGUUAAAAACAAAAACAGCUGUAAAGCUCUAUCGACAAAAAAAGUGCAAAGCAGGUGAAAAUCCAAUUUUUGAUUAGAUUGAGCUGAAACUAGAACAUAUUAACCGGGAACCAAAACAGUCGACUCUAGCGCUCCUCCAAAAUUAAGAUUAAUAGUUAUAAUUAAGCAAGUAAAUGGCAGAUUUCCUGUAGGAAUUCCACUGUAAUUGUAAUUGCAUUGCAGGAAUUGUAAUAUUUAUUAUAUUCACUAUAUACAUACUUACAUAUUUAGAAAAAAAGCAAGAUAGCACCACUAGUUUUAACAUAAAAACAAACUCAUAAAUGUAGAGAAAGAAAAUACUUUGAGUAUUACAUUUUUGAGUGACCAAUACCAACUAACCAGCUAAGAUGAGCCAAGUGAAGUCCGUACUCUGCGUGGGCUGCACGGUAAUUGACUUCGUGACCAUCAAUGGCAGCUAUCCCAAGGAGGACACGGAUCGGCGUUGCCUGGAUGGAUUUUGGCAACGUGGCGGAAACGCCUCUAAUGUGAGUACUGUUCUGCGGGUUCUUGGAUGCAAGGUGGACUUCUUUGGAAUGCUCAGCAGGUCGGAUGCAUUCCGAGUGCUCCUCGACGAUCUUUGUAAGCGGGAAAUCGGCACGAAGGACUGUCCCUUCACGGAGAGGGAUCCGCCCUUCUCCUCGGUGAUUCUGGCCCAGGAUUCCGGCACCCGCACCAUUAUCCAUUGCAAUAAGGACUACCCGCAGACCACAUAUGAGGACUUCAGCAAGAUCAACCUGGCGCAGUAUGGAUGGGUUCACUUCGAGGCUCGCAACACCCCGCACACCUUAAAGAUGAUGCAGAGCAUCCGGGAUUACAACCAAAGAACCGGACAAGGCAUCAUUAUCUCGUUGGACUUCGAAACGAGGUAUGAACAGAACCAGGAACUAUGUGCGCCCUGCGAUUUUGUGGUCUUCUCCAAGGAGCUGGCUGGCCAGUUGGGGUGGAAGACACCGAGGCAGUCGUGUGUGGAGCUGGCCGCCAAAAUUCCCGAAAGUGGUCCAAAACCUGUCUUCAUUUGUCCCUGGGGCAGCGCCGGAGCUGGAGCCUUGGAUGCCAAUGGGAACUACUACGAAAUGUCUUCCUAUAAGCAGGAUAAGGUGGUGGACACGCUGGGAGCCGGGGACAGCUUCAUGGCGGGAUUUAUCUACGCCACCCUCGAGGGUCAGCGAAGUCUAGCGGAGUCUGUGGACUUUGCCAACCGAGUCGCCAGUCACAAAAUCACUGGAUUCGGCUACGAACACAUUUCACAGCUCGGCUUAAGCAAUUAAAUAUUGGUUUAACUCUAGCUUAGUUUAUGGGCUUGUCUCUUUGAAGGAAUUUAUUAGGAUAAAAGCCUGACAACCAAAAAGUUUAUGUUUGAAAAUUCUUAGCACUUGUGCAUCAUUGCAAUAAACACGAUUGAAUAUUAAACGCGAAAUAGUUAGAAAUCCUGUACCCAAAAAUGCAGUCGGAUUGGAAAUGAACAGCGCUUAUGUAUUCUCACAAAUUUUAUAAACUUGUCAAAGUCAUUAUGAUUAUAUUAUAA